AUGUCAGUCAUUCGUCAAACUAUAACACGCAGCCUUAGAGCUUCCACCUUCAAGAGAUUUCCAUCAACCAUAUCUUCAAUCAGAUUCAACUCCUCCACAGCAGCAGCUGAAUCGUCAGCACCAGUAGAUCCAAAGAUAACCCAAAUUGUCGACCAAAUCUCCACAUUAACCCUUUUGGAAACGUCACAAUUAGUCAAUGAAUUGAAAUCCAAAUUAAACAUCAGCGAUAUUGCCUUGCCAGUAGCUGGUGGUGCUGGUGCUGGUGGUGCUGCACAACAAGCUGCUCCAGCUGAAGAAGAAGAAGCUAAGCAACCCGUUGAAGAAAAAACCAUGUUUGCUAUCAAAUUAGAAAGCUUUGAUGCUAAAUCGAAACCAAAGGUUAUUAAAGAAGUUAAAGGAUUGUUGGGAUUGAGUUUAGUUGAAAGUAAGAAGUUUGUCGAGAGUGCACCUAAAGUAUUGAAGGAAAAUGUUGCAAAGGAAGAUGCUGAAAAGAUAAAGGCUACAUUGGAAGGAUUGGGAGCUAAAGUUGUUUUGGAGUAA